AUGCACAUAUGCAAUACGACCUCAACGUAUUAUGACAUUGUUCCAAGGGGGUGCCUACCUGGAAAUCGACAUGGGCAGAGCCAUCACUCCUUUCGCGGCUCAAAUGCUGAUUCCAGUGACAGAGAGGUGGUCACAAUAAGAAGAAGAAGGAAAGGGCUCAGCCAGAUAUGCACAGGUCCGUCGCCUGCUUCAAUAAUAACGCCAUUGGGCGGAUUUCGGGCGUUUUUGAACAACGUCCUGGGUUCAGCAGACUCGACAGUCGCACGAAAGGGUGACAGGGCAUUGCGAAACUUCCAAGGGUCCAAUCCAGCGCAGGUGCCUUUUUGUGCCACCACCCACAGGCAGCGCCAUUUUGGAUGCAAAUGCAAUUCAACGUUCCAGAAUCGAUGA